CUUUGGCCGUGUAAUCAAUCGGAUCGAGCCAAUGCAGCUGGACAUCAAUAUCUACAUCCCACUGAUUCAUUAUUUGGCACGUACAAAUUCUACAGAGGAAGUGUUUGUUUUCUUUUCUUUCGUUUCCUCUUCUGUUCGUAUAUGCAAGAAAAGGAAAAGGCUAAAAUACUAUUUGUAUUGGAUCUUCUCUCUCUGAGCUUUCCUUGACUCUGAAGGUUUCUUUAUACGUUACUUAUAUGAGAUUUCUUCAACCAAUUGAGAAACAAUUUUAAGUCUUGAGGUAGAAUUCUUAUCCAAGUGCAAGACGGAUUUUAUUCUUUACAAGGGUUUUUGGUUAUUCUGUUGAGAGAGUUUUGUAAUUUGAGCUGUGCUACUGCAGAUUCCAUAAAAUAAAAUUGAAUAAAGCAAAGGGAACAGGUGUAACCUUUGAAUGCCAUUGAACCUAUGACAUCAAGAAACUUGCGGCGAAGACUCCACCACGGUGAUGUAGGGGGAAAAGUUCGUGAGCAUUUUAAUACAUCAGGAAUGGAAGAUUUGAAUGAGCCUUUGCUAGGGCAUCAUGAUGAUAAGCACUCAGAGGGACAAAAUCUCGAAGAUCUUUGGGAUAGUGAGCGAAGAAAGGUGCAAUUUCACUGGACGUUUGUUUUCUCCCAAUUGAUUGCCCAGUGGGCACAGUGGUUAGCUAAUAUUGUCAUUGGAUCCGGGUCGCUUCUUGGGAGGCUUAUAUCAUUUGGAUCUAACGGGCAAAAUAAGAAUACAAUGGCUUCGUUAAGUCCUUUGCAGGAAGAAAGACUGAAGUAUCUAAAGCAAAGGUUGGAGAUUCCUUUUGAUGGUGCUUGUGCAGAACAUCAGGAUGCGCUAAAGCAACUUUGGAGAUUAGCUUAUCCUGGCAGGGAGCUUCCACCUCUUAAAUCGGAACUGUGGAAGGAGAUGGGUUGGCAAGGUUCUGAUCCCUCCAAAGAUUUUAGGGGUGGUGGAUAUAUAUCAUUGGAGCAUCUCAUUUUUUUUGCCAAGAAAUACCCGGAAUCGUUCCAAAAUCUUUUGCACAAAAAAGAAGGGAGGAGAGCAGAAUGGGAGUACCCCUUCGCUGUAGCUGGCAUCAAUAUUUCAUUUAUGUUGGCUCAGAUGUUGGAUCUACAAUCAGGAAAACCUAAUUCUGUGUCUGGUAGACGAUUCUUAGAACUUCUUGGGAAAGAUGAAAUGGCAUUCGAUAAUCUCUACUGUAUAGCAUUCCGGAUGAUGGAUGCGCAGUGGCUUGCAAAGCGUGCUUCUUAUAUGGAAUUCAAUGAAGUUCUGAAGUCAACUAGAACACAAUUAGAAAGAGAGCUCGCCCUUGAAGACGUGUCCAGUUUUAAAGACUUGCCAGCGUACAACCUCUUGGACAGGUAGCUGCGGUGUAGCUUUUGUCUUCUUUAUGAGGCAAACUACCCGUUUACACUCCUUUUUUUCAAUCAUACAAGUUAUUUGGUAUAUCUUGUAUCUAAAUCUGUAUUAUUACAUUAUAAAUUAUAUUCACAUGAAACAAAAUGUACCUGCAGAAUAGAACACUGUAUUUCAAUUGACUAAAGAAAUGAGCAUUAGAAUGAAGAUAUUCCAUUUG